AUGGCUGCUGACAACCCUGUAGGAAAUCUCCAAGAUGAAGUGACCUGCUCCGUCUGCCUGGACUUCUUCAGGGAUCCAGUGAUGAUCGUGGGCUGUGGGCACAACUUCUGCCGAGCCUGCAUCACCCAGUGCUGGGAGGGGACCAAGAUGGAUGUCACCUGCCCCCAGUGCAGACAGACCUUUCCCCAGAGGAACCUGAACCCAAACAGGCAGCUGGCAAAUGUUGUAGAAAUAGCCAAGAGGCUGCGUGUGCAGAAAGCCGAGGGAGCCGAAGGGCAGCGAGUGUGUGGGGAGCACCAGGAGGCUCUGAAACUGUUCUGCCAAGAUGAUGAAACCCCCAUCUGUGUGGUGUGCGACCGAUCCCGGGUACAUCGAACUCACAACGUGGUUCCCGUUGAGGAGGCUGCUGAGGAGUACAAGGAAAAACUUUCGGCCUGUUUGAAGACUCUGAGGGAAAGGAGAGAAAACCUCCUGAGAUUGAAACAGGCUGGAGAAAGGAAAACCCAGGAGUAUCUGAAACGGGCAGGAGCCGAGAGGCAGAAGAUUGUGUCUGAGUUUCAACAGUCCCACCGGUUCCUACAGGAACAAGAGCAACUCCUGCUGGCCCAGCUGGGAAAGCUGGAGAAGAAGGUUGAGAAUAUGCAGAAAGAAAAAGUCAUUAAACUCUCUGAGGAGAUUUCCCAUCUCAACAAGCUGAUCAGCAAAAUGGAGGCGAAGUGCCAGCAGCCAGCAAGCGAGUUCCUGCAGGAUAUCAGAAAGACCCUGAGCAGGUGUGAAGAAGGGGAGAUCCCACGGCUGGUGCCAAUUUCUCCUGAGCUGGAAAGGAGACUCCGGGAUUUCUGCCAGACAACCUGUGCACUGACAGAGACUGUGAGGAAGUUCAAAGACACUCUGCCGUCUGCCUUGGAGAAGAGAAGCAGGGGUCCAUCAAAGCUGUACAACAAGGGUUCAAGCCUCGUCCCCUCCGGCACCCGGGAACCUCCAGUCCCUUUUCGGUCCGCUGGUAAUAGCCACCACAAAAGAAGCACCCCCUGCCCAGAGCAGCCCAGGGCUGGGGGCUCCCUGCAAAGUGCCUCUGGGCAUCCUCUGGCCAGAGAGGGCCCAGCUGGGGAUGACUUCCUUGGUGGAAGGAGAACACUCAUAUCUUUGGAUGAAGCAGGAGACUGAGCCGGAGAAAGGCUGUGGGAUCUUCCUAGAGGUUAGUGGGCUGCUUGUUGCCUCUGAAAGCUGGUCCAAGUUAGAAGGCAGCAGUGCGGUGUUUCGGUUUCGUUUCUGUUUGCCUGUCUGCAAGUGGAAUC